AUGUAUCUCAGUACUAACCGUCAAGCAUCCGUAAUCGGAAAAUGUGUCAUUUGUGGUGAGGAUUCAACAGGGAAACAUUAUGGUGUUAUUGCUUGUCUCGGUUGUAAAACGUUUUUUAGAAGAGCAGUGGUUCACCAUCAGGAUAUCAAAUGCAAGAGAUCAGAAUGCUGUGAAGUUAUUAAAGACACCAGAAGAGCAUGCAGAGCUUGUCGCUAUAAGAAGUGUCUUGAAAUGGGGAUGACCAAAGAUGCGUUACAGCCACGUCGAGAUUUGAUUGGCUGUCGGAGAUAUCGACGACCAGAUAAUCAACAGGAUUUCAUCGCUUCAACAUCUCACAAUUUUCAAUUACCGUCAAUAGAUAUGUGUUUGGUUGAACUCAUUUCGAAGCUUACAUUUGUCGAUAAAGAAAUUCGGGAACGGAAAUUUCGCUUGAUGCGAGCGAAAAAUGAAGCAAGAAGACUAGCACAAAUGUUGAAACAAAGUAAUCAGCAGGUCAUAAACAGAUUUAUGAUUAUGGCUACCGAUAUAGCAAGUGUAACACACACGGAAUUAUUGUUGAUGUUAGAAUGGGCUAAAACAGUGCCAUGCUUUGCUAAACUUCCUUUUGCCGACAAGUUAUCUCUUUUAAAAAGUUUUGCUGUUCAUUACCUUAUUUUGGAAUAUGGCUAUUACACUGCUCAACUGGGUAUAGAAGAUGUUUGGUUGAUAUCAAAUGGUACCUGUAUGCCACGGAAUGUUGACAAAUUACCCCAGGACAUGAAGGAAUCAAUUCCAGCGGAUCGAAAAUGGCGUCAAGAAAAACUUUACAAACAGAUGACUGAUAUAUGUAUCGACGAAGUUGCAGUACCUUUAAGGAAAUUGAAGUUAAUGCCUGAAGAACUUGUAACAUUGAAAAUCAUCAUGCUUUUCCGAUAUGGCAGUACAAAUCGUGAAAAUGAAGAAUCAGAGAUUUCGAAAGAAUCAAGUGCCAGGAUAACAGAAUGUCGUGAUCGAGUAAUUGCUGCCCUAUUUGCCUUUUACCGGUUUAUUAAUUUACCGAAUUAUGCAGAACGUUUUGGGAAUGUGAUUUUAACGAUAUCAGGAAUAAUAUCAGCUGCAUCAGCUACUAUCGAAAGCUAUCAAGUGAUGCGCCUAUUUAAAAUUGUUGCCUUCGACCAUAUCUCUGAGCAAUUACUUUUUAAUAUUACUCAAACGCUAUGA